AUGGUUCUUACCUGGAUCCUCAACUCCAUCACCCCUUCCAUCGCUAAUUCCCUUGAGUAUUAUACUGAUCUUCAUGUUGUUUGGCUCGACCUUUCUUCCCAUUUCAGUCAUGGAAAUAAUGCCCGCAUCUACCACCUUAAACUUGCUCUUUCCUCCUUACAACAAACCACAAACUCAGUUCAUGACUAUUACAACCAAAUCAAACAGAUUUGGGAUGAACUUGGACAUCUCCAAAGUAGCACUGACCUCAAAGAUUUGCAACAGCAAGCUGAUUAUGAGCGCAUGUCUCAAUUCCUCCUCGCCCUCAAUGACUCUUUCGCCACUCUUCGCACACAAAUCUUGGCCAUGGAUCCCCUUCCCCCAAUAAGCAAAGUUUUCUCUAUUUUAUUUCAAGAAGAUCAACAGAGGCUGCUCAACCUUCGAUCAUCAUCAUCGGAGACGCUUGCCAUGGUUGUCCGAACGACUGGGCGUCCAAAAUCUCCUUUGAAAUGCACAGUGUGCGGAAGAGAUGGUCAUACGUGUGACCAUUGUUUGACCAUCGUGGGUUAUCCUCCUGGCCAAGAGCCUCGCACCAAAUCGUGCCCCUCCAUUCUUGGGCAGCCUUUAUCACCAAAGUUGUACCAAAAACUCCUCAGCUUACUCGCACCAUCACCCCUUGAUUCCCUUUUCCUCUGCUCACUUUGUUGGUAA